UGAUAAAUGAGAUACAAACACUGUAGAAUUUCUGAGAAAUGAAAAAUGACUGUUUUCUGGAUUUUAAUUUUGAUCUUCAGCACCAUGUUCCAAUCUGGUAGACGCUGGGUUACUGCACAAUCCCUCACAGAGUCACAAGUUUAUCAGCCUCAUAAAGAGCUCAGUGUGAAUAUCGGAGACUCGGCUACUCUGCAGUGUUGUAUUUUAGAAAAAGAAGUCAGGAUAAUUACCUGGUUUAAGCAACCAAACAGAAAAAAACCCCGGAGCAUAGUCCAGUUAUAUAAAAAUGGUGGAGAAACAUUUUACAAUCAAUUCCAAAAGUCUCAUUUCCAAAUAGAAAGAUCUUCAAACUGUUUGAGUUUGAUCAUUUUAAACAUCACUGAGUCUGAUGAAGCCAUGUACUACUGUGCACUGACGAGAUCCAACACUGUGUUUGGAGAUGGAACUUAUUUAAAAAUUAAAGGUGAUCAUGUUACUAUUGCAUCAGAAACAUCUACACCAGCUCUGUGUGAUAAUUCAGUGCUGUUUGAACCAACACUGCAUGGAAACAGCACUAACAUGAACACACACGAGAAAACAGGUGAUAUGUCUUAUAAUUCAGAAUUCAAU